AACGCUGUCGGUCUGCUGUCACUACCACUGCCAAACGAACUGCCACUGGACUAUGCGCCAACCUGUUCAAGUACAGAUUAUCCGCCGACUCUAUCGCUCCCAGCGGAUACAACCAGUGUCAUAGAGACGUCUCCUCAUUCGCUCGAGGCCUCGCUUUGCUCUCUUAGCGACUACCAGAAAUCAAGGGGAUUGGACAUUACGCUAGAGACACUGGAAGAACUUCAAAAAGAGGUGCUUCGAGCUGAAACUGAAUGCGCUCGAGCUCGAAUACAAGCUGCUGUUGAAGAGAGACUGUACUGGGAAGAGAAGCGGGCUCGUCUGGCACUGCAGAGGCAAGCGCUACAGUCACAACAUCCUCUGAAGCAGGACGACGAUCUCGCUCUGGAUCGCCUCUCAGCUGUCGCUGAAGAACGCCAGUUCUGGAAGGAAAAACGGCGAAUUUUGGCACUGCGAAAGCAAUGUGUUCUCGAACAGUUGGACUCGCUUUAG